AUGGUGAAGCCACCGUUUACCAACCAGGAGCUAUUGGCGUUGGUGCAAGAUGAUGAUAAGCUGCCGGAGCAUAUCAACAAGCAGCUCAGUACUGGGCAGAGAACGAAUUUUUGGAAAUGGAAUAAGAAGCGCGAUCUGACGGCCGCGGGUGAGCUUACGGGCAAGAAGGGCGAGAAAGAGAAGCGCCGCAAGAUUGAGCACGAUAGCAGGAAUAUGGUAGCUGAGCAGGCAGUACAAGCCUUUGACGUACGAUACCAGCACCCUCAUACGCCGAAAGAGUACAAUGAAGCAUAUGUACAAGCGAUAAGAGAGGAACAGGCAGAAGAAGCGGAGAAGGAUGAGAUGCAGCGAAGCCUAGAGUGGCGGGACGACUUCGACUUCGAAGAAGACGCCGCUAUGCUCGCUAUGACUGAAGCAGAGCUGGCAGCACCGAGCGAAACUGAUCAGACUGACGACAAUGCUGCCGCUACCACGCCACCCGCGGAUCUCUUUGGCUAUAAAUCGUUCUAUACCGCAGUCUUCGACACCCUGGAACUCAAGGGCCCUCUCUCAGCAGUUCAAUUCCGGCAAGAACUACAGCCAUGGCUUCGAUCUAUGCGCGAAGACAGCGAGUACAAAGGUCGAAGUCUUGCGACGGAGAGCAGAGAUAUCGAUCUUGCGUUGGACAGGAUAAAGCCGUUGCUGAAGCAAGAGUCUGGUUAA